AUGGCGGCUACGGUGAAGACAGCGUGGGCGAAGCCAGGCGCGUGGGCUCUGGAAGCGGAGGAGAACGAGUCGGAGCUCCUCCAGCAGCAGGAGGAAAUGGUGGCGGCGCCAAACGGCCACUCUGAGACGGCGGAUUUCCCGUCCCUGGCUCUGGCGAAGACUAAGAAGAAAAAGAAGCAGCCGGCGGCCUUCCAGGCGAAGGGGUUGACGACGGACGAGCUGAUGGCUCUCCCGACGAGUCCGCGAGAGCGGACGACGGAAGAGCUCGAUCGGAACAAGCUAGGAGGGGGAUUCAGAUCCUACGGCGGCGGGAUGAGGGAUGAGCAGUCGCGGCGCCAGGGGAGUUUCAAUCGGGAGUCAAAUCGCGAAUUGGCGCCGUCUAGGGCUGAUGAGACUGAUAAUUGGACGGCGGGUAAGAGGUCUUCUGCUGGUAGUGGGUUUGAGAGGAGAGAGAGGGGGGUCAGAGUGUAA